CAACCCAGUAAAUUAAUGUAGCUUUUAGACGUCGAGAAUCCUAUAAAGUCCUGCAUUUCCAAUUUGAUUUGAUUAAAUAGUAAAUUCAAAAAGUUUAUAAAUUUUUUACCAUUUAGUUGUGUUACCCUGUCACUAGACAAUCAUAUUAACAAAUUGAUUCAUCGACUUACACUCGACAAGAAUUAUUUUAGUGCAUCGACAUAUUGUACAACCACUGCGAGCUUGCAUACACUAUACGAUGCUGUGAAAAGUAAUUUUGUGUCUACCGGAAAAAUCAAUAAGAAAAUUUGAAGAAAAUAUGGCAAACGAUCCUAAUAUGUAGAGGUGUUUGUCGGUGGAAAUGCAAGACAAUUUAUCCGAAUUUCUAUGAAAGAUGUGCUGAUAUCCGCACUUGUUCCGAAUAGAUUCGAUUUGGAAGCAUGGAUAGUUGGUGCUACGUUCUCCUCGGAGGUACAGGGGCUCUAUUAUUUUUGUAUGCCUUAUUUGAAGUUCAUUACUUUCUACGAAUGUGCCUUUGUGUAAUUAAUGCUCGAUUUAUAAAACGGAACGCUGGUAUUUUGGAUACUUUGCAAGUAACCGGAAUCUGUUUAUCCAACGAUGUGGACAAUCUGCUCUAUCACAUGAACAAUUCCCGGUAUCUACGAGAAAUUGACUUUGCCAGAGUGGAUUUCUAUGAACGAACACAAUUGUACAAGACAAUUGUGUCGAAAGGUGGAUCAGUGGUGCAAGGUGCCACUACCAUUCGGUAUCGACGGUUUAUUCGACCUUUUACCUUGUUCAAAAUUACUUCAAACAUCAUUUAUUGGGACGAUCAGUUCAUUUACAUGGAACAUCGUUUUGUUUCACCGGUAGACGGUUUCAUACAUUGCAUUGCGAUUUGUCGACAGCGAGUGAUUGGCGUUGUAGCAGACGAAAUAAUUAAUCUGCUGUUGCUGACUCAGGACAGCAGUGUCAUUAAGAGUGGAUUGAGCAAAGUUGAGAAUGGAGAUUUAGUACGCGGAAAACCUGAACUAUCACUAGAAGUGGCCAAAUGGAUUGAGUAUAACGAUAUUUCAAGCAACAAACUGCGCAAAGAUAUGGCUGUUGUUAAUUUAAGAUAAUUUGAUGUGGUUAAAAAUUGAAGAUUUUGUCUAAUUUAAUUAGCACAAAUGUUUAUUUACACUCUACGGUUACGCUAAGUUUUAAUGUCGACCCGUGUAAAUACACCAAACUUAGACAAUUAUUGCUUGAUCAAAUAAAAAAAGUGAAUGUUUUAA